AUGUUGAUCAGUAGUGCAAAACACUCUUUUAGAUCAAGUAAUAAUGAAAGUACAAGUUUAAAUACUAGAUUGUGUAAAAACCUGUAAUCUAUAACACUAAGUGCAAAAUUCUAAACAGAAUUAUAGUAAUUGGAAUAUUAAAAUGAACCAUUUUUAUUCAAUUAAUAAAGAUCAACACUCAAGUAUUGAAUACUUAAAUUUAGUUCUGUGGAUUUAAGUAGAUAAAUUAGUUCAAAAUAAUCAUCUAGAUCUAGCAUGCCAAAUAUUAAUAAUAAUGGAAAUCAUAAUUUAUCUUCUAAAAGAAAAAGUGAACGAUUAAUCUUAAGAACAACACCUUGUCUUAUAUAUAUGCCUGGACUUAAAUAAGAAGAUUUCAAAGAAGAAACAUCAUAAUAACAUACUUAAAAUAAAUAAUUUAGAGCUCCUCUUUUGAAAAGUCCUAUUAAACACAUAGGUUUUCAAUUUAGAAAUAGAGAUAAGAGCAAUCCACUCUAAAGAAUAAAUUGA